GAUGCAGACAUGGCUGUGCCAGAGUCUACAUGGGUCAAGACCGACCAGAUUGUGGAGAAGGCCCCGACAGGGAAAGGCACAGGCCAUCAAGCCCUGCAGGCUGAGGCCCCGCAGAAGGCCCCGACACCCAGCAAGGAAGCCCCCAAAGAAGGAGCCCCAGCGCACAGUGCCCAAGAUGAGCUUAUGAAUGAGACCCCCAGUGAUGCCGUGCAAGCAACCCAGCUGGAUGAUGUUGCACCGGAAAGCAAGAAGCCUCCCGCCGAUGCAAGUGCGGGUGACUGGCAGGCAUGGCCAGAGUCAUGGUCUGAUGGAACGGCUUGGCAGUGUUGGGGUGGAUACUCUGAUUGGCCGGAUUAUUCUUGGGGUGCAGGUUGGUAUGCUAAGGACUGGAAUGAACACAAAGUUUCCCAGGACCACCUCCAAUGGCGGAAUCGGGCAGACAGCUUCCAGUCCUCUGCUACUGAGUCACCAUAUGGCAAAGCAUUGUCCGAAGGCUCUUUGGGGACUCCGGGUCACAAGAGAGCGAGCAGCCUGGAUUCUGAGAUGCUUGCAGCAUUUGCAAGGCUUGAUACGGUGGACAGGCUUGCUGACCGGGACUUGCCACAGGUCGCCAAAGCCUUAGACGCGUCUUUUGCGGAUGCUAAGACACCAGACAAAAAGGCAAGCCAGAUGCCGACCCCCAGCACGGUCACGCCCCAGAGCUCGCCGCCGUCUUCGCAGCAAAGCUCUCCCAGUUCUGCCAAGACGGAGAAACCAGGAAACGCAGCCGCAGAAGCCCAGGAGGGAGAGAUGAGAGAGAAGAUAGACUCCACAAAGAACAGUGUACUCUUCGAAGCUUGGCUGAACUGUGGUGGCAAAUGGGAAGAAAGCCAGCUCUACAUCAAUUGCAAGAACAAGAACAGCCACAAGAAGAAAGGUGUCCGAAGGUGGAUGCUGAGAAGUGAGAUUGAAAGCAAGUUUGGUGCUGAGAGUGCUGAGGCAAUCAUUCUCAGGAAAUUGAAUGAUGAGAAGCUUCGCGAGUCAGAGGUCAAGAAGCAUCCGGAUCUGCCAGAUUCGGUAGAUAUGAUGCAGUUCCUCAUCUUCGAUUCUGAGGUGGAAAUCGACCAGGAGGAGGAAGUGAUGGAGAUGCUCUACAAGCUUGCUGAAGCCGGCGAUUCUGAUGAGAAGCGAAACAAGAAGACGAAGACAAGCAAAGACAAGCUCACGAAGGAAGAGAAAGAUUCCCAGAAGCAGCUGAAGGCGAUUUCAAAGGCUGGAAAGAAGAUCCAGGACAAGGAUGCAGAGCAGAACCUCAAGAAAGCACGGAGCGAGCUCCAGUCUGCUCUCGACACCAAGGCAGGUGACGAAGAUGAACAUCGUGAUAAUACUGGCACGGUGCAGGAGCUGCUGGAAAGGAUCGGUGAUCGAGGGGAAAGCGCUCGGAUGGCUAUGAGCAGUGCAAAGAACACUGCCAUGGAAAGCAAAGGAAACUGUUCCAGAAGAACGGCAAAGCUUGCAAGCUAUCAGUGUGAAAAGAACAGUGCCCGAGAUUUCUACAAAGUGGUCCCGAUGUCCCUGGACCCAAAGAUGAUUACAGUUCCCGUGAAAGUCCAAUAUGAGGCCAUGGAUGAGUCUGCUGAUGACACUGAUAGUGCCAUCGAAAAUGAUAAGAAGACACGAGUGACAUCGAUGGGCAUCCCAAUGCUGGACCCGCAUGAUAUUCUGCACUAUGUGCAUUCAGUCCUGGAUUUGACUGUCGCACCUGAAUCUGUUCGCAGCUACUGGCGGCGAUCUGCUGAGAGCGAUGUGGGUUGGGCAAAAAACCAGCCUGAUCAUGAUAUUAUUCCUGUAGGGAUUUAUGCUGACGAAACAAAAUAUGGAACGCACGAAUCUCAAGAGAAAAUCCUGGCAGUCUUUAUGAAUUUGGUCUUGUUCCGACCAAAGAAUAUCCGCCUCAGUCGCUUCUUGAUUUGCACCAUCCGCUCCAAAUUCUUGCUACCUGGAACUGAAACACUGUAUCCGAUCUUUCGCAGGAUUGUUUGGUCUAUGGGGUGGGCCAGCAAGGGGGUGUUCCCCACGACAGGCUUUAUGGGCAGUAUGCUAUCUGCCAAAGAUCAAAAGAGCGCAGGCAAGAGUUUGGGUGCAAAGUUUUUGGUGACCGAACUUCGUGGUGAUUUGGCUUGGCACAAGUUAAUUUGGGACUUUCAAGAUGGAUGGUCGUCGACUUCAGUUUGUUUCUUUUGUGCAGCUACGGGCACUGGCCGCAGAAAAGACUUAUUCUUCGAGCAUGUUGGCGACGGAGCUUUGUGGCGAACGACAAUACUCCGCGACACUUUGGAAUGGAUGAUGGCAAAGCUAAACCUCAACAAACUUUGUCCUUUGCUGCUGCUUCCAAAUUUCGACGUGGAUGUGAUUCGCACAUGUUCGAUGCAUAAUGUGAAUCUGGGUUUGCUGUUUACAGCAAACGGCAGCUCCCUGUUUCUCGCCACGCUGGUGCAAACUUUGGACUUGCUGUGGCCUAAUUUAACAUACGAAACAUUGAAUGAGCUUGGCUGA